CUCUUUAUAUCUUAAAGUGGUUGUACGAAUUCCAAAUCGUACGCGGAAAGCACGUGCCGUAAAACUAGUGAAUCUUUCGCCGCGCAAUACCUGUAGUUUUAGGCCCGAAAUCGUUUGAUUAACGAAAACAGCCUACUGCCACCAGAUCAGAGAUUAGUUGGUGUUGUUAUUUUCAAGACCUGCUCCGUGAGUUUUUAGAGGUUCAGGUUCGGUUUGGUUACUUGCCAUCAGUUCGCAGUUGCGAUGAUAGUUUGUGUCGUAAUUACAAUUACCGGCAAUUUGCGGCGACACCGAGAGCCACGUUAGCCUAGUGUGCGAGAGAGUGUGAAGUGACCGAAAGUUGCACCGCCUGUGAAUAUCGCUGGCAAGUGUGAACUCGGGUGAUCCCGGCAACGAGUGCAGUAUUUUUCCGAUCGAAACAGUUUGAUUGGAAACGGAAUUUGCUGAUUGGAGUUGCGUUGCGAGCUGAUAACGUUUGACAGGGAGGAUCAUCGUCACCGAGCGACCCUAAACUAGUGAGCGAAUCAUGGAUCCCCCGCUAUCGGUGGAGUCGUCAUCGGCGCAAGUGGAACUGUUUACCAGCAAUGCGUUCGCUACGCCACGAUUGAGGCCAGACGUAGAAGAUGAGAAGCUUGUUUUGAAGGGAAAACGAUUGGGACGGGGCGUGGUGCAGUCCGGACUUACGCACGAGUGUGGCGUGUUUGGGGCUAUUGCAACCGGUGAUUGGCCGGCACAGAUCGACAUACCCCAAGUGAUCUGUCUCGGUUUGGUGGCUCUGCAGCAUCGGGGCCAGGAAUCGGCUGGCAUCGUAACCAGCGAAGGUAUCAGCGCCAAGAACUUCAAUGUUCACAAGGGGAUGGGAAUGAUCAACAAUAUCUUCACCGACGAUUCGAUGAAGAAGUUGAAGGGUAAUUUGGGGAUUGGUCACACGAGAUACUCAACGUCUGCAGCGUCCGAGGAGGUAAACUGUCAGCCUUUUGUGGUCCAUACCGCACAUGGGGUUCUGGCUGUCGCACACAAUGGCGAGCUGGUCAAUUGCGAAAGCCUCCGGAAGGAUGUGCUCUCGCGAGGUGUUGGUCUGUCGACGCACAGCGACUCAGAGCUGAUCACGCAGGCCCUCUGUCUGAAUCCUCCAGAGGGCGAGGAUGAUGGUCCGGAUUGGCCAGCUCGUAUUAAGCAUCUGAUGCAAUUGGCUCCGCUUUCCUACUCGUUGGUUAUCAUGCUAAAGGAUAAGAUCUACGGAGUUAGAGAUCCGUACGGAAACCGACCGUUGUGCAUUGGAAAGAUCGUCCCGCUGACUGUGAGCGCAUACCGAACUGAAAAAGUAGAGAAGCUACCAGCCGAAGGCUGGGUUAUAUCGAGUGAGAGCUGCGGAUUUCUUUCCAUAGGAGCUCGUUACGUUCGUGAGGUGCAACCGGGGGAGAUUGUAGAGCUAACGCGGCACGGUAUCAAAACCAUCGAUGUGGUGGAAUGUCCGGAAGACCGCAAGCACGCCUUCUGUAUCUUUGAGUACGUUUACUUCGCCCGGUCGGACUCCAUAUUCGAGGGCCAGAUGGUGUACUCUGUACGAUUGCAAUGUGGCAGACAGCUGGCGCGGGAAGCUUAUGUGGACGCCGACAUUGUGAGUUCGGUUCCCGAGUCGGGAACGGCAGCUGCUCACGGUUACGCCAGAGAGACGGGACUUCAUUUCGCGGAGGUACUCUGCAAGAAUCGCUACGUGGGUCGCACCUUUAUACAACCGUCAACGCGCCUUCGUCAGCUGGGAGUGGCGAAAAAAUUCGGUGCUCUCUCGGAGAACGUCUCCGGUAAGCGGUUGGUGCUGAUCGACGAUUCGAUCGUACGCGGAAACACCAUUGGGCCGAUUAUCAAAUUGCUUCGAGAUGCAGGAGCCGUUGAGGUUCACAUUCGCAUCGCCAGCCCGCCGCUGCUGUAUCCGUGCUACAUGGGCAUCAAUAUUCCGACCCGGGAGGAACUGAUCGGGAACAAGUUGAGCCCGGAAGAUCUAGCUAAGUACGUCGGAGCGGACAGUCUGGCGUAUCUGAGCGUGGACGGGCUCCGGAAGGCGGUCCAGCUGAACAUGGUCAAGAGCAGCCCGCAAAAGGUGGGACACUGUACGGCUUGCCUGACCGGUGACUAUCCGGGCGGGCUACCGGAGGAUCUGGAGUGGUGAGGCGUACUAGCGUUAAGGGUAGUUUUUAUCGAUUAUUAUAUUUUAAUUUCAACAGAGAACAGAAUAAAAUUUGAAAAUCAUGGAAA